AUGGCGGUCGCGGAGCUCGAAAGGAGACACACGAGCGUGGAGGGCCACGUGCAGGCCGAGGUUACCGAGAUGAGGAACGAGCUCGCCGAGGCGCUGCUGAGGGUCGAGCAGCUGUCGGCGCAGGAGUCGCUCCUCAAGUCCACCAUCAGGGCGCUAGAGACGGAUCUCGUGACGGAGAGGAAUCUUGGCAGCGGAGAAACUGCACCGAUCAACGUGGCUUACCUCAAGUCGGCAGUCGUUAGGUACAUGUCUACCCGGGAUGCUGGGGAGCAGCGCAGCCUUCUCCGAGUGAUCUCGACCAUCCUGCAAUUCACGAAGCAGGAGGUGGCAGACGUUGAGGCUCGUAUCACGGAGCUAGAGAAGACCAUGGUCAGGCGCGCCGGCAGCAUGGUGGGGGGAGCCGGGCGGCGCGUGGGCGGGGUCGUCGGCGGGGUUGUGGGUCUCGUGUGGGGAGGGGGGAGGGCUGCUCCCGCGGAUGGCGGCGACGGCGUAGACGUUACGGAGGACGGCGGCGAGGAGAGAUAAGAAACGCGGCGGUGUCUGUCUCCGAAACGUUCGCGGCGUCUGUAUCUCCGGAGAUUCGUGUUCAUCAUCAAUUCCCUCUUCAAAUGAAAAGCUGUUUUCAUCCCUCCACGGUGGAAAUUGGUUGUUGUCCAACAGCACUGCGAAGUGGUACAGAUUGCCGUGGGCCACGGCUGCCCAUGGCUGCUUACGAAGUGACCUACGUUCGUCGACGAGAGGCGAGAGCCGUAAGACUUGGUGUGGUGUGUCGGGAUGGUCACGCGCGGUCACCGCCAAGAGGCAACGGCCUGGCAUUUCGCCGCAGCAGAAACCCAAAUUUGAUGAUACAACGACCGCUGUCAUCCUCACCUCUCUUAUCAUGUAGUAGCUGCACGGGCCAGUUUUUGCCGCACUGGGUGUUAAUGGGGGGGGGAGCGGGACAGGGUUGCCCCAGUAGCAGCGUCUUGGUGGGACAUGCGCCCCGGUCUCGACGCGCUCUCCAGACGUGUUAAGUGUUUUGGGGUUCAUGUGCGUGCAUGUAGGGGGCGUUGAAACGGGAUAUUGUGUGCUGAACGGUUGUUUUCUGUUGUCGUUUGAUGUGAGCUG